UAAUUUUUAGAGUAGUACUCAAUAUAAUUACUAGAUAGUAUAAUAUAUACAAUGGGGAGGCAACCUUGUUGUGACAAACUAGGGGUGAAGAAAGGGCCAUGGACGGCUGAGGAGGACAAGAAGCUCAUCAACUUCAUUCUCACCAAUGGCCACUGCUGCUGGCGGGCCGUCCCCAAGCUCGCGGGCCUCCGCCGCUGCGGCAAGAGCUGCCGCCUCCGCUGGACCAACUACCUCCGUCCCGACCUCAAGAGAGGCCUCCUCACCGAGGCUGAGGAACAGCUGGUCAUUGAUCUUCAUGCUCGUCUUGGAAAUAGGUGGUCCAAGAUUGCAUCAAGAUUGCCAGGGAGGACAGAUAACGAGAUCAAGAAUCAUUGGAACACCCAUAUCAAGAAAAAGCUUGUCAAGAUGGGAAUUGACCCUGUCACUCAUGAACCCCUCCACAAAGAAAAUGUUGAUGAUCAAUUACCAUCAAACAAAAAGACAAUAUUGGAAACUACUACCACUCCAGUACAAGAUGUUAAUAGUACUAGUAACAUCAUAAAUAACAGCUUGCCACAAAGUACUGAAAACCCUAUUCAUCAUCUCUCACAAGAAAGUUCCGGUAGCACCAUCAACUCGGAGGAGGUCAACUACUCGAGCUCGUCGCCUGCCGCCGAGAACUCUUCUGCCUCCGGCGACAACGAGUCCACCCUUUUGUUAGACAACCUUUGCAACGACGAGUCUUUGAUGAACAACGUCUUGUGGCCGGUGGACAAGUCUCCCCAACUUACUAGUGUUGAUCAUGCAAUAUUGUGGAGCUCAUCAUGUCAUGAUGAUCAUCAUCCAACAUUAAGUGGAGAAAAAGUAGUCAAUAGUGACAUGGGAAUACUGCCAUCUUUUGAGGACAACUGCUCAUGGCUUUUGGAUUGCCAGGAUUUUGGGAUUCAAGACUUCGGAUUGGAUUGUUUCGACGAUUUCGAAUUGAAUAAUGCCCUUAACACCUUAGAAAUGGGACAAACUACGCACUAGCAAGUAUAUUUAUAUAAAGUAUAUAUCUAUAUACUUUGUAUACACACACACACAUAUAUAAAUACACAUGUUUAUAAUGAAGUGCUAGUGCAGUGAGAAGUCACCGUUUAGAGGAAGAAAUGGCAAGCGAUUUCCGAGUUAGUGAACAUGAUCUGCUGCAAAGUACAAAGUCCAAAGUACCAUGCAAGUCUGGUUCAUGAUGGAGUACUCUUGUUUAUUUAUUAGGUUUUUUUUUCGAUCAAUGGUGGUGAUCAUCAUCAUCAAUUGUCAUGUGUUGUCAUAUUAAUCAUGUGAUAUGAACAUAUUAUAAGUACGUACGUAAAAGUUGUAUAGAAUUUUCUCGGAAGGUAGAGGGGGUUGAACUUCGCUUUCAAAGCACUGCUAGGUUUC